UCCCCCUGUUGGAACCUGCCGAGCAACGGUCGUAGAAAGACGGAAAAGCGAGUCAAACAUAGUCACAGCUCGCCAAACCUCGCUAAAUAUCACCGCGGUCGCAGUCCGACGACGAGAAAUGAACAUUAUAUGAUUAAAUAGUGAGUGAGUGACGGUCACAGGAGCACCAAUACGUCCAUUUGAGCGCUUCGGCUCCCGGACCAACGAGCCAUUUUGCCUUAGUCGGAAGGAAGGAAGGAAGGAAGCAAAGCAAGGAAGAAAGAAGGGAAGGAAGAGUCGAGUCGACUGAAAAACAUCCCGAGUGAGACCAUGAAUCCCGAAUACGACUAUCUGUUCAAGCUGCUGCUUAUCGGGGACUCCGGAGUAGGCAAAUCCUGCCUGUUGCUCCGCUUUGCUGAUGACACCUACACUGAGAGUUACAUCAGUACCAUCGGAGUGGACUUUAAGAUCCGAACGAUCGAACUGGACGGCAAGACCAUCAAACUGCAGAUUUGGGACACGGCGGGCCAGGAGAGGUUUCGCACCAUCACUUCCAGCUACUACCGCGGCGCACAUGGAAUCAUCGUGGUGUACGACGUGACAGACCAGGAGUCGUACAGUAACGUCAAACAGUGGCUCCAGGAAAUCGACCGUUACGCCAGCGAAAAUGUCAACAAGCUUCUGGUGGGCAACAAGUGUGACCUGACCACUAAGAAAGUGGUGGACUAUACAACAGCCAAGGAGUUUGCAGACUCUUUGUCCAUCCCCUUCCUGGAGACAAGUGCCAAGAACGCCACCAACGUGGAACAGUCCUUUAUGACCAUGGCGGCGGAGAUCAAGAAGCGCAUGGGCCCCGGGGCCACGGCGGGCGGCGACAAGCCCAAUUUAAAAAUCGAGAGCACCCCCGUCAGGCAGUCGGGAGGCGGCUGCUGUUAGGGAGCGCUCGGCUCGGCCGCUCGACCGCCUUCUCUGUCUCCAGUCUCCUCGAAUUCUCUCCCCGUGGUUUCCUCUCUGUGCCUCCAUCGGUGAUCUCCGUCUCUCCAUUGCACUCAUGCCAGCAGCCUGGAUCAGAGCGGCCGGCCGGGUGGGCACGGGCGUCCUCUGUCGAAGUACAGGUUCCAAGCGCACUGGAGAGAACGGCCGUUGCUAGCUCAUGAAUGGCUUUGGUAGAAGAUUUGAUUAUUAUUUUUUGGCAUCUUCUCACAUACACAGUUUUGCUGGUGGUCGAGGUUAGCUGACCCCCCCAACCCCCUCCCCCGCACGCACACACACACACUUUCCAGCAUCCACUUUUCUUUUGAGAACACGUCGUCUUUGUCGGCUGCGUCUUACGUUUGGCACACCUUUUUGCUCAAGGUAAUUCAAUGUCCAUAACGGUCCCUCGCUCUUUUCCGUCUCGUCGCCAACCAAUCAGCCCAAAUCUGUGUUUUGUGAAGCAGGUGCAAGCGUCUCCCCCCUCCGUGCUUGUCCUGUCCUGUACACACCGUGUCCAUUAAAACGUUUGCGCUGCUGUGCCUGAUGACUGCACAAGGUUGGAAAGGAAAUAAGAUUCAUUUUAAUGUGUGUCAACUCAAAUAGAGGAGCUGAAUCAAUUGUGUUUCCGUCCAAAACCAGAGGGUAGCUUUGACACGUCCUGUUUGUACACUGGCGCUAGCAAAAAAAAAAAAAAAAAAAAAAAAAAAAAGAAUGCUGGUGGUCGCAUCCUACUUGUAAGGUGGUAGUUCUACAUAGGGAUGAAUUGACAUUACAAUCUGACAGACACGAGCCAUUAGCAAUGUCUGCGUCGAUCUUUAGAGCACUUUGAUAUUAGUUUUGUUUUUACAACUUGAGCCCCCCGCUCCAGGUUCUGGAUGAUGUCGCUGUCGUCGAGACAUGGCGUCCAACUGAAGCUGCUCUUUACACUUGUCCGGUUUUGAGCUCAUUGUACUCGAAUAACGUCGGGACUGCGAAAAGUUGUGAUUAUUCAGCAAGUCCCUGUUUUUUGUUUUUUUUCCCCCCUCCCCGGUAGUGAUGUGCAGUGCUUGACAGAAGUCUGACUUUCAGGCCCCUGCUGAUGUUUUUUGAGGGUGUGGACAUUCGGGGACUGACUGGUCUUGGUUUUCCAAACUGGAUAUGAUGUCCCCACUGUGACCUCCGUCCUUCAAAACUCCUCAGCAUCCUCUCUAGCAGAGGAACAGGUUCAUUGUCAGGACAAUAUAGCCUUCUACUUGUGAGGCUUUUUCAUUGGCAGUAAGCUUUUCGGGUUCAGGGGGGUCGUGGUAAGUGUAAGUGUGUUUUUUGUUUUUGUUUUAAUGGACCGAAUGCAACAUUCCUGAUCUAUGUGGACAUAUUUGCGUCAUACCGGUUUCACUCCAGCGGAUGUUGUGCUUCGAUGGCUGCUUUUCUUAUUUAAACUUGCCGUUCUACUGAUUUUAUAACAUAUUCAUUGAUCGUUUGCCACGGGGUGUGUAAUCUUAAACCACUUUUCCUCUUUCUUGCUCUCAUCGUAAACUUGGACACACACAAAAAAACUGGGCACCUACCGGUCAACAUUCGUUUUUGGUUUUGCUUGUUCACUUGGUGCUGUCUACUGCUGAUUUUUGACAUGAUGUUUGUCUGUACAUAUUAUAAAUAUCUAUAUAAUAAAAUGAUGAAAAAGUUCAACA